AUGAUCUGGAAAAACUACAUCCUUUCUGCCCUCUGCUUGGCUGUGCAAACAUGCCUCGCAACCAACGCCACCGUCGUUGUCAACUAUAACGGCAAAGUCCUCGACGAGCCUGGCCAGCUCGUGAAUAUUCCUGAAUCCCACAACACCCCCACCUUCGGCCUCACCCAGCUCCCCCCCUCCACCGGCCCCUUCGUCCUCAUCAUGGUCGACCAAGGCAAAUCCGACAUCCUCCACCUCAUCCAAUCCGACCUCCACCUCUCCCCGCAAGAAAUCACCGUCGCCGACACAUCCUACUACAGCCUCAGUUCGCAGUCGAAGCCGGAUGCGAAAUACAUCGCCCCGACGCCCUUGCUGCCGCCCAAGGUGCACAAGUACGUGGAGUUGCUGUUUGUGCAGCCGGAGGGCUUCAAGAUCCCGCGCAAGUUUAAGAAGUAUAUGCCUGGGCUGGUGCCGAAUCGGUUGAAUUUUCCGUUGGAUGAGUUUGUGGAGGAGACGGGGUUGGGGGAGAGUGUGGCGGAGAGUUAUUUUAAUGAGAAGCAGGUUUUGACUUGA